AACUCGGACCUUUGUCUGCAGCAGGGUGGAGUCAGCUUUGUGCUCCCAGCUCAGGAUUUUGAUUCUUUCUGUCACAAGGUUGGACUGAGUACUGGGCUUGUUACAGUGUGAUUAAAACCCGCAGGGGAUGACAGGCAGCCCUCCGAGGCCCCGGGGCUGCCUUUUUUGUGUCUCUUCAGGCUCGAGGCCCUGUGGCCCCCAUCCUUGGGAGAAGUCAGCUCCAGCACCAUGAAGGGCGUCCUCGUUGCUGGUAUCACUGCAGCGCUUGUUGUUGCAGCUGUAGAAUCUCUGAGCUGUGUGCAGUGUAAUUCAUGGGAACAGUCCUGUGUCAACAGCACUGCCUCUGAAUGUCCCUCGCAUGCCAACACCAGCUGUGUCAGCUCCUCAGCCAGCUCCUCUCCAGAGACACCAAUCAGAUUAUACCAGAAAAUGUUCUGCUCCGCGGAGAACUGCAGUGAGGAGACACACGUUACAGCCUUCACUGUCCACGUGUCUGCUAAAGAACACUUUCAUUUUGUAAGCCAGUGCUGCCAAGGAAAGGAGUGCAGCAACACCAGCGAUGCCCUGGACCCUCCCCGGAAGAAUGUGUCCAGUAAUGCAGAGUGCCUUGCUUGUUAUGAAUCUAAUGGAACUUCCUGUCGUGGGAAUCCCUGGAAAUGUUAUGAAGAAGAAUAGUGUGUCUUUCUAGUUGCAGAAUUUAAGAAUGACACUGAGUCUAACAGUCUCGUGGUGAAAGGCUGUUCCAAUGUCAGUAACGCCACCUGUCAGUUCCUGUCUGGUGAAAAUAAGACUUUUGGAGGAGUCAUCUUUUGAAAGUUUGAGUGUGCAAACGUAAACAGCUUAACCCCCACGUCUACACCGACCACUUCUCACAACAUGGGCUUCAAAGCUUCCCUCAGUCUCUUGGCCUUUGCCAGCCUCCUUCUGCUGGGACUGCGGCCCUGAGGUCCUGGGGCUGCACUUUGCCCAGCACCCCAUUUCUGCUGCUCUGAGGUCCAGAGCACCCCAUGGGGUGCUGACACCCUCUUUCCCCGCCCUGCCCCAUUUAACUGCCCGGUAAGUGGGAAUCACAGGUCUCCAGGUAAUGCCGACAGCUGCCUUGUUCUCCAUUAUUAAAGCGCUGGUUCAUUCACUGCCCAAA